AUGUCACGGUGGCUCGAAAUAGCCGCGUCAACACUGCGGUUCGAGAUAGCCGCGUCUAUCAUCCUAGUCCUCUUGAUCAUCAUCUUCAUCCCCCACCACGUCGAACUCAAUCGACUCCUCUUACUAUUCCUACCCGCCAUCGCCGUGUUUACCGCCAUCGAGCUUUACACAAACGACCAAGCCCUCCUCGCUUACAGCCACGACCUCCAGACAUGCAACCACGCCCUUAACAAGACCCUGCAGGGAGGGGUAGUACAAGCGCACAGACACAAUCAUCACAUGGCUGCCGUGAGAGCUAAUCUGCGUGAAUGCUUGGAAGAGAGAGAUGUGCUAAGACGCAACGAGAAGGAGUGCUAUGCGCGUGACAAGGUGGACGAGGAAAGCGUGCAGUGGAUAGAGAAGAUGAUAAGGGAAGACGUUUGUGCGAUUGGAACGGAGGGGAAGGAGGAGAAGGAAAAGUAA